CUAAACAUGAUAAGACUGGUCUAAACGUUUAGAUUAACUUAAAUUAAAUACAUAUUUUUCCUUCCUGUCAUUCAUUGACUUGUAUAACAUUCCUCAAAUAAUUUAAGAAUCUAUAGACUUACUAUACCAAAAUUAAAUGGUCCAAUGGCUUUUCAUAUUCCAACAUGCAAUUAAGUAUAUUAUAUCUAAACAUUAGAGUUUCAUAUAUAUAUAUGGUCAUUACUUUACUUGAGAAACAAGGUGAUUCUGCACUUUGUUUAGUUUUUUGUUCUAUCAUUAUUAGAACUUCUCCUUGAAAAGAAAAGGAGCAAGAUGCAAACCAAUGAGGAGCAGAAUACUCAACAACAGCAAGAACCUGUUGGCUCAAGGUAUGAAGCUAAUUCAAUUCAGCAGGUAGGGCAUCCAUGGAGUACUGGACUAUUUGACUGCCAUGAAAACCAAACUAAUGCUGUUAUGACAGCAUUUUUGCCUUGUGUGACAUUUGGGCAGAUAUCAGAAGUAAUGGAUGUUGGAGAACUCAGUUGUCCUUUGGGAAGCUUCAUUUACCUGCUAAUGAUGCCGGCUUUGUGCACUCAAUGGAUUAUGGGAUCAAAGUACAGAACAAAGUUAAGGAAAAAGUAUGAUUUGGUGGAAGCUCCUUAUUCAGAUGUGAUUUCUCAUAUUUUUUGUCCAUGUUGUUCCCUAUGUCAAGAGUUCAGAGAGCUCCAAAUUAGAGGACUUGACCCUGCUCUUGGGUGGAAUGGUAUUCUUGCAAAACAGAAAAGUGAUCAAACAUCGAGGAAUCCUCCCUCAAAACAAUCCAUGUCUAUGUGACCACAGUUCUUCCUAAAUUAGUGAAAAUUGUAUUUCUUUUGAUUUUUAUGUGUUUAUGUUUGAUGCUUGUAAUUGAAUUUUAAUUAAGUAAUGCUAGAAGUUGGCGAUUUCACA